UCUGCAGAAUAUGUGACAAACAUCGGCAGAGUGUGUGACAAGCAACCGACACAAGAUCCCACAUUCAGCAUUAAAGACUCCUCUUAACCCUUACUGGUACUACAGAAGACACUUUCAACUCCUGUCUGAUUGUGACAUCCCAUAAUGCCACUGAUUGUGCUUCCCACCUCCCAGCUGCUAUGGGUGCGUGUUGCUGCCCUGCUGUUCACCUGCGUGGCGUUCAGUGUGGCAGCACAUGGAGCCCAGCUGCACCACGGAGGCAUGGCUGACUGGUGCAUCUUCUGCUGGGCGUUCAGCUUCGCCUGCACCCUGCUGGUCCUGCUGGUGGAGCAGUUCGGCCUCCAGGCCCGAGCGCCGGUGUCCUGGUCUAAUUUCCCCAUCACUAUCGCCUGCUACGCCUCCCUCCUCUGCCUCUCCGCCUCUAUCAUCUUCCCAGUUUUUUUCCUUAAGGACCAACGGCUCUACGGUGAUACUCGUGACUAUCGCAUCGCCUCCACCGUCUUCUCCUGCCUGGCAGCGGUAGCAUACAUGGGGGAGGUCAGCUUGACUAAAGCGAGGCCAGGAGAGGUGGCAGGUUACAUGGCUACGGCUCCCGGUCUUAUGAAGGUGUGCCAGACCUUUGUGGCCUGUAUUAUCUUCAUCCUGGUCAGCGACCCUGUGUCGUAUGACCACCAUGCAGCGCUCAAGUGGUGCAUGGCCGUGUACUGCAUCUGCUUCAUCCUCUCCAUGGCCGUGGUGGUGCUGUGUGUGGGCGAGUGCACCGGUUGUCUCCCCAUCCCCUUCUCCAAGUUCCUGUCAGGUUACGGGCUCCUGGCGGUAAUCAUGUACUUGACGGCUACCAUCCUCUUUUCUUUGUAG